AAGAAGUUCCCCACUCCUCCUCCUAUAAGAGGCGGAGACGAAGUCGUCGGCCCCCAGGCCCCAAGAAAACCCUUCACACCAUUUCUCAAUAUUCUCUCGAAGCUUCGGCCCUCUCUUCCGCCCGACGGCAAUGGCGAAAGAUCCUGUUCGCGUCCUUGUUACUGGCGCAGCCGGUCAAAUUGGUUAUGCUCUUGUUCCUAUGAUUGCUAGGGGUGUGAUGCUUGGGCUGGACCAACCGGUCAUUCUGCAUAUGCUUGAUAUUCCACCUGCUGCAGAGGCCCUGAAUGGGGUCAAGAUGGAGCUUGUUGAUGCAGCAUUUCCUCUUCUCAAAGGAGUUGUUGCUACCACAGACGUCGUUGAGGCUUGCACUGGUGUGAAUGUAGCAGUGAUGGUUGGUGGAUUUCCAAGAAAAGAGGGAAUGGAGAGGAAGGAUGUGAUGUCCAAAAACGUUUCUAUUUACAAGGCGCAGGCCUCUGCUUUAGAGCAGUAUGCUGCUCCAAACUGCAAGGUACUGGUUGUGGCCAAUCCAGCGAACACCAAUGCAUUGAUUCUGAAGGAAUUUGCUCCUUCCAUCCCUGAGAAGAACAUAACAUGCUUGACAAGGUUGGAUCAUAACCGAGCGCUCGGUCAGAUUUCUGAACGACUGAACGUGCAAGUCUCUAAUGUGAAGAAUGCCAUCAUCUGGGGCAAUCACUCAUCUACUCAGUAUCCUGACGUCAAUCAUGCAAGUGUUGUUACUCCGCAAGGGGAGAAGCCUGUUCGUCAACUUGUAGGUGACGAUGAUUGGUUGAAAGGAGAAUUUAUCACUACUGUGCAACAACGUGGUGCUGCCAUUAUCAAAGCUCGGAAGCUCUCCAGUGCAUUAUCUGCUGCAAGUUCUGCUUGCGACCACAUUCGUGAUUGGGUGCUUGGAACACCUCAGGGCACUUGGGUUUCCAUGGGAGUGUACUCUGAUGGUUCCUACGGCGUCCCAGCUGGACUCAUGUAUUCGUUCCCUGUCACUUGCCAGAACGGUGAAUGGAGCAUUGUCCAGGGCCUCCCUAUCGACGAAUUUUCUAGGAAGAAACUGGAUGCAACAGCAGAGGAGCUAACCGAGGAGAAAGCUUUGGCUUAUUCUUGCCUCUCGAACGCUUAACCGUGCUCUAGGCGGUGUGGGAGGCGUCCGCUUCACUUUUUUUCGUUCAGAAACCGUUUAUGGAGAUUUAGAAUAACGUAUCUUUUUUCAUUUGGGUAAAAAAGAAAAGUUGAUGACGAGCAAGCGCUCGCUUCUCUGUUGUGUUAAUUUUGACCGGACGUCCUUUCAAUUUUGAUGUACCCAUAUUUUUUCCGAUUUAAGGCCCCAUGGGCGGUAUCCGAGUAAAGGACAUUUCCGCCGUGAUUGGGCUGUAA